AUGGUGGCAGCUGGUGGUGGUGGCCAUGAUGUGAUGAGUCCUGCUGGCUCAGGUGGUGGUAUAAAGGGUUUCGAUAGCGAUGGUAAAGGAGGAAACCAAACUUCUGGUGGUGAUGGGUUUUAUAAAGGGAGGUUUGGAUUAGGAGGUGGAAAUGGAGCAAUAGCAGGAAAUAACGGCAAUGCAGGAGCUGGUGGAGGUUAUUUUGGAGGAGGAACAAGCUUUGAUGCGACUAUUGGCUCUGCUGGAGGGGGAAGUUCGUACAUCAGCGGAUAUCCAGGAUGUAUUUCUGUAGAUAAAAAUUUCACAAUGGAGAACCCUAUAUUUUCCACCGCAGAUGAUCCAUCAAUUCAUUACUCAGGAAUAAAAUUUGAGAAUCCUAAAAUGAGAGACGGAAACAGCAUAAUGCCUUCUCCAAUUCUAAAUAAAUAUACUCCAGAAAUUGGGCAUUAUGGUAAUGGACAUGCCAUCAUAGCGCCUUUAUCAGAAAAUUAUUUUCCUAAAAACUAUGGUAUUCCGAUUCGAAUACUAUGCUCAAUUCCGUUGAAAAUCGGACGAAACCUCGAUAGUGCAUACUUUUAUUUCAUAAUGAACUUAUUUCUCUGUUAA